UAUAGCCUAGAAAAAAUAGAUAGGCGACUAGCAUUCUGGGAUACGGCAUCAACAAACAUGGCGCUUCACGUACCACGAGCCCCGGGCUUUGCCCAAAUGAUGAAAGAAGGAGCGAAGCAUUUUAGUGGCCUUGAAGAAGCAGUGUACAGGAAUAUUGAUGCUUGCAAGGAGUUGGCAAAAACAACUAUUUCUGCAUUUGGUCCUCAUGGCCAAAACAAAAUUGUUAUCAACCACCUUGAAAAAUUGUUCAUCACAAAUGAUGCUGCGACAAUUUUACGGGAGCUUGAAGUUGAGCAUCCAGCUGCCAAAAUCCUUGUUAUGGCAUCUCAGCAGCAAGAACAGGAAUGUGGAGAUGGGACUAACUUUGUACUCGGAUUUGCUGGAGCUCUGUUGGAAAAUGCAGAGGAACUGUUAAAAAUGGGUCUUUCAGUAGCAGAAGUAACAGAGGGCUAUGAAAUGGCUUUAAAGAAAGCCUUAGAUAUCCUCCCAGGGCUUUCUUUGGGCAAUAUAAAGAAUUUACGUAACAAAGAGGAAGCUUUACCUGCAGUCCGCUCUGCUAUUAUGAGUAAACAAUAUGGGAAUGAAGAUUUCCUAGCUGGAAUUAUUACUGAUGCUUGCAUUUCAAUUCUUCCAGAGAAAAUAAGCUUCAACGUUGAUAAUAUUCGAGUGUGCAAAAUUUUGGGCGCAGGUAUUUUGCAAAGCACUGUUGUUCAAGGUAUGGUCUUCAAACGUCUGGUUGAAGGGGAUGUUACUAAAGUUGAUAAGGCCAAAGUUGUUGUGUUUUCUUGUCCACUUGACUCCAUGCAGACUGAGACAAAGGGCACAGUGUUAAUAAAAAAUGCUGAUGAGCUUCUUAGUUUUAGCAAAGGAGAAGAAAACUUAAUGGAGGAGCAAAUAAAAGAAAUUGCUGACUCUGGAGUAAAUGUUAUUGUUACUGGUGGCAAAGUUGGGGAUCUUGCCCUACACUAUGCAAACAAGUAUAAACUUAUGGUCGUCAGAUUAUUAUCAAAGUGGGAUGUGCGACGCCUCUGCAAAUCUAUCGGAGCUACAGCAUUACCAAAGAUUACUGCGCCAACUACAGAAGAAUGUGGAUAUUGUGAUAGUGUGCUUGUAGAUGAAGUUGGUGAUACACCUGUCAUAACUUUUAAGCAAGAUCAAAAAGAAUCACCAAUCGCCACAGUAGUAAUUCGUGGUUCCACCGAAAACAUCAUGGAUGACAUUGAGCGAGCUGUAGAUGAUGGUGUUAACACAUUUAAAGCCUUAACUAAGGAUAGUAGAAUAGUUUCAGGCGCAGGAUCUGUAGAAAUUGAGCUAGCUCGUCAAAUAUCUACAUUUGGAGAAAGCCUCUCAGGACUUGAACAGUAUUCUGUAAAGAAGUUUGCUGAAUCUUUGGAAGUUGUCCCCAAAGCUUUGGCAAAAAAUGCUGGAUUUAAGGAAACUGAGGUGCUAAGUAAACUGUAUGCUGCUCAUCAUGAGGAGAGAGUUAAUGCUGGAAUAGAUAUUGAGGCAGAGGUAGCAUCCGUAUUAGAUGCAGCGGAAGCGAAAAUCUACGAUCUGUUAAUUACCAAGUUCUGGGGACUCAAGUUUGCCACAUCAGCAGCAUGUACUGUUCUUAGAGUUGAUCAAAUCAUUAUGGCUAAAAGGGCUGGAGGACCUAAAGCUAAGCAGAACAAAGACUGGGAUGAAGAUUAAUCUACUGUGUGUUUUUAUUUACUUUAUUUUUUAGAGACCUGGGCCAGUUAUGUUAUUUUGAAAUGAAAGCUAUCUAUUAAAAUAAACUAUCCAUUAUAUACUACAUAUAUAGAGGUUGGUGUUCUUAGACAAAUGUUUUCUAAAUUUUUAAAAUUCAAUUUCUUCAAGGGUUAUUAUCAAUUUAAAGAUGGGGUGUAGAUAAAUUUGGGGUUGAUACUAUCUAUAUAAACAAUUUUGUAACACUUCAUGCAUCUGGUUGAAACUCUUCAUUUUCAACUAAACAUAACUGGCUUAAGUCGUGCAGUUGACUGGUUUGUGUUUGAUUUGUGACUUGUCUGUUCAUGGUUUGAGUAAUUGAUUAUCAACUUUCUGCACUUCAAAUUGGAUAAUAAUACUCUUUAAAGUUACUAAAAGCAACUAGAAUUCAUUUUUAAAUUUGGAAUUUUGUUCAAAAUUUUUUUUUUAAUUAAAUUUGAGGUUACCAACUAGUCUUUUUGGAAAUUGUGUUUGAUUGGUUGGCAUCAGGCUCAUAAUUUUCUUUUACUGCCAUUUAUGUUUACUUCACCACUGUGUGUAUGCAGCAAUGAAAGUAUACAAAUACUGCUUGGGGCUGUAACUGAUGACAUUCAUUUAUAAAGUUUUGUAUUAUUAAAUUAUUUCUAAGAAAA